AUGCGUUUCUCCACCAGCAGUAUUGUAUCUUUCCUCCCGGCCUUGGCCGCUGCCAUCCAACCGCCAACUCUUGAUGGCUUCAGCAUUUUAUUUGCCGAUGACUUUACUGGAACUGCCGGUUCAUCUCCAAAGUCUGCAAACUGGAAUGUCGCCACGGCCAUCAACACAAACAACGAGGUCCAGAGCUACACCACGUCGAACAGCAACCUUCAGAUCAGUGGCGGCGAGACGAUUCAGUUUGUUCCUCGAAAGGGAGCCACUGGGAUUUGGAGUUCAGGCCGCAUUGAAACUGUAGGUGCAUGGACUCCUACAGCAGGAAAGGUCAUGGUCAUUCAAUCGAGCAUUUUGUUGGGUGACAACGCCGCGGCAAACAAGCAAGGACUGUGGCCGGCUUUCUGGGCUCUGGGUGAUGCCAUGAGGCACGGUACCGAUUGGCCUCUGGCCGGUGAGAUCGAUAUCUUUGAGCAGGUCAACGGUGUGCCGACUGCAUAUGGUACCGUCCACUGUGACGCCAGUGCUUGCGACGAGCCCAAUGGUCUCAAGGCUACCGUCGCGAUGCCUACUGAAGGUUUCAACACAUACGGCGUCAGAAUCGAUCUGACCAACUCGGACUGGACUCAGCAGACUAUCCAGUGGCAACUCAACGGCGUGACCUACAAUACCCUCACUGGAGCAACCAUCGCGGACCAAGGUAUCUGGGCAACAUUGGCACACAGCCCCCUGUACAUUCUGCUCAAUGUUGCAGUUGGUGGCGACUGGCCAGGUUCGCCUAACGAUGCCACCCUUGACGGCUACGGCUCCAUGAUGGAAGUUGGCUACGUUGCUGUCUACUCGACCUAG